AAGUUCCCGUUGCUGAUUCUUGACAUCUACACCUCUGCAAGUGAAUAUAUCUAGAUCUAACGAAUCUGUAUUUUUGUCUUACUUGUAGCAAUGGAGAAGUGUUAUCUCUACAGGCUCCCCAACGAGCUACUCCUUCACCUUUUCGCACCGAUGCCAACACUAGACCUUCUGCCUUUGACUACCAUUUCGCGCCGUAUAUACUCGCUCAUCUUACGCAUUUUGCAUAAUCGCCUUGUCGCAGCUGCAGAACUGAACUCACACUCCGUACUCCUCGAAUGCUUCCACCCGUCUGCGAAACUUACCGAGCCGCCUUACUUUUGCACAUAUCGAGGCACUGAUGGCUUGAAACUAUAUCAUGACAUUGAUCCAAGCGAGAAAAAUGUAGGCAGACUGGGCGAGAUGUAUAGAAUGUACUCUCGUUACCGACCACACAGACGUGAUCUAGAGGCUAGUGGGAGAAGGGUAAAGCCACGGCCGGGAGACGUCCCUGGCAGUCGCACCUUUCCAGGGACAGUACAGGAUCCAUAUGACGGCGAAUCAGUCAAGCAGAUGCUGAGUUUGGAAGCACAUGAGCUGUUCACGCAAUUGAUUGCACAAACGAACCUUGUUAAGAUGGGAUCGCGCAACCUUUUCACAAACUUUGUUGAGGUUGAGGAGGGCGUACUUAGGGUGUGGAGAGAGUGGUUGAAAGACGUCUCAGCAAGAUGCAUUGCAGACAACCGAAUAGCGUCGAAUGAGGCUGUCGAAGAAGUGGGUAAGGGCAAGGGAGUGGUAAGAGAAAUCGUUGAAGAAAAGGCAAAUCUCGAAGAUCCAAGCAUCUUGUGGGUGAGCCCAAGGAAGGACAGCGGUAUACGCUUCCAUGCGCGUGAGAGAAAGCUCCGCAAGAACUUACCCAUCCUCAUCAGUGCAGAUGAGGAUGAAGAUAUGCCUGUUACUUACGAGAUUGAAUUUGAUGAACUUCUCAUUCGCACGUCGCAUCUCUUGUUAAUGCUUGAGAAGUCAAUGCUGCAGGAGGAUAAUUCAUCUGGCAAGGCGGUUGUUUUCGGUUCAUUUGGAUAGUACCAACAAACACAACGAAUGAAAAAGAGAUUAACUCAAUCAAAAAAGUGGUCCAGAUUCUCGGCUGAGGGUGGAGCAACCCCUCACGACAACCGAAUAACCAAACCUCGGAGCCGCAUAGCGUAUCUGCAAGACCCGCAUAGAAGUGCAAAAAAAAGGCUUACUCUGCUCGAUUGCCAAAAAGAAUUGAACCAGGUAUGUGACCUCGAGGCGAUUUGAACGCCUAACCUUCAG